GGUCGCGGUAUUCGGCGUCGGACGUCGUCCGGUGUCUCACAGUGAGGAAGUUAAACUGUCGCAGUCGCAUGAGAACGAAGGACCGCUUAUCCGCGAAUAAAAGUUUCAUUCCCUGGCAAGAAGAAACACGACAGGACAUUUCCUGUCUUUUAACAGUCCAAGAACGUACCUCGUGUGUCACUCUUGUCACUCACCUGCAGGAUCGCAAGAUCACUCCGACAGAAUCUGACAGCAACAGAUUCAACCAGGCAUCAUGAAGACAACAACAAGUUUAAUUACUAUGCGAAUUAUUAUGUUCUAUCUGUUGAGCGUUGUUGGACGAUCAGCAGUGGCAAUAGAAGAAGCAUCUUCCUCGUCUUUACACAUUCAACGAUUGCAUCCGUUAUUAAACAACAUGGAAUAUAAUGAACUACCUAUGAAAAAGGCAUACAUUGCCGAAUACAAGAGACUACCCCUUUAUACCUUCGGCAUUGGAAAGCGAUGGAUUGACAAUAAUGUAGAUAAACGAACCCGGCAAUUCUCGUUCGGUAUUGGCAAGCGUCUCCGAAACUACGAUUUCGGUAUAGGAAAGCGCAACAAUGAAUAUCAUCCCUUGAGUUUGGACUAUUUCCUGGUUGAUAACAUGGGGGGAUAUCAAUCCCACGAGGACAAUUCGAAUGAUUUUAUAGAAGACAAACGUGGUAACCAUCAAUUCGGCUUUGGAAUCGGAAAACGAGUUUGGAAAUUGGCGACUGGAGAAACGGCUGUAUCCGGAAGAAGACUAAACGAUGCUAUAGUCCCGAAAUACUGGUUCAGUACUUUGGCUAAAGAACUAGAUGAGGACGAGAAUUUGAAUCAGUAAAGCGUUCUCGUCGAGG